CCUUUCCUUUUUCAUCAUUCAACGGAGACAUUUAAUCGAUGCUUUGACAAUGUUUUACGAGCAAUCAUAUCAUUAGAAAAUGAGUUACUUAUCCAACCUUCUGAUGUAGAUGUGCCCACACAAAUACUUAAUGAUGACAAAUUCUAUCCUUAUUUUAAGGAUUGCAUUGGAGCCAUAAGUGUAACUCAUAGUCGAGUGAAAGUACCAGUGAAUGAUGCCCCUCGAUUUUGUGCAAGAAAAGGUUUCCCCACACAAAUUAUUUUUGCUGCUUGUAAUUUUGAUAUGAAAUUCACAUAUCUUUUAGCUGGAUGGGAAGGAUCAGCAUCUUAUUCUAGAAUCUUAAAAGACGCUUUAACUCGAAAAGAUCGGUUGAAACUUCCUAACGGAAAAUAUUAUCUUGGUCUUCCGGGACCUAUGCCAAACGGGGUAUUGUCUCCAUAUGACCGUGUGCGCUAUCAGUUGAAGGAGUUUUCAAAUCAUGAACCUCAAAAUCGUGAAGAAUUAUUCAACCUUCGUCAUUCAUUGCUUCAAUUCACAGCUGAGAAAACUUUUGGGGUUCUAAAAAAAAGAUUUCCAAUUAUAGCUGGUGUUGCUGAACCAUUUUUUUCAUUUGAAACCAUGAGGCGUAUAAUCAUUGCUUGUUGUAUUUUGCAUAACUUCCUUAUGGACGUUGACAUUGAUGAACAAAUGAUUGCUGAAGUAGAUCGUGAGUUGCUACCUGACGAGGUACGAAGGUCCAUUCCUUUGUCAAGAAGGAAAGAAUGACGGGGACUUGUGUAGAAAGACCAUGUUUGAGAAAGAACAUUGCUUUGGAAAUGUGGAAUGCUUUGUGAAGUACAAUGUGCUGAAUGAAUACUUAAUGUUCAUAGUUUCAAAUUUACAUUUUUUGAACAGGUAGGUUUUGAUUUGGAGAUUAGUUUGUGUUUGGAUAUAUAAUGAUAAUGGAUUUUUGUUCGCUGUUAGUACUAUGCUUACGGAAAAUCUGUUAUCAAUGAUUGUUCACAUUAUUCAGGUACUGAUAUGUAAUUUGCUUUAUGAAAUGCUACCAAGUUGGUUUGGUUUUUGAA